AAUACUAGCUUAGCUUUAUAGGGUAACAAUCAAUCAUUAUCCUUUGUCUGAGGCAAAGAUGGAGACAAUACGCCUCUGGUUUCGCCACCUUCUCUCCUUCUAUCUCUCCGUCACCGCUUUCCUCCUCCGCCGUCUUCUCCCCACACUCCACCGCUUCCCCAUUUUCGUCCCCGCCGUCGACUCUCUCCUCUCCCACUAUUUCCGCUCCUGCAAUCUCUCCCCCUGCGCCCUCGAUUUGGACGACCAGACCACCAUGCACUUCUGGGCCCCCACCCACCGCCAUUUCCGCAAGCCCAAUCUCGUCAUCAUCCACGGCUACGGCGGCAAUGCCAAGUGGCAAUUCGCGCUCCAGCUCGGUUCGCUCGCCCGAUCCUUCAACCUCUACGUCCCCGACCUCCUCUUCUUCGGCGAUUCCCGCACGCGCCGCCCCGAUCGCACGGAUGCGUUUCAGGCGAAAUGCGUGAUGGAGGGCUUGGUGGGGAUGGGCGUGACGAGGACCGCGGUUUACGGGAUCAGUUACGGCGGGUUCGUGGGGUAUCGGAUGGCCGAGAUGUAUCCCGAUGUGGUGGAUAGAGUGGUGAUUGUGAGUAGCGGGAUCGCGUCCAGUGCUGAGCAAAGGGUCGAACACAUGGAGCGCCUGAAGAAGAUGGGAUGCAACGCCGCGGAUUUGCUGUUGCCGGCCAAGCCGGAGGAUCUCAGGCGGUUGGUCAAUCUUUCUUCCCACAAACAUGACCCUUUCAAGUGGGUCCCAGACGCUUUCCUCCAAGAAUUCAUCACUGUGAUGUAUAGCCAUAACAGGAAAGAGAAGCAAGAGCUACUGGAGUACUUGUUGGGCAAUAAAGAACAUGAUGCCAUUGGUUCCGGUUUGACUCAGGAAGCACUGCUCCUUUGGGGCGACAAGGACAGAGUUUUCCCUCUCACAUUCGGACAGCAAUUGCAGCGAUAUUUGGGCCCGAAAGCUAGAUUGGAAGUAUUAAAGGAUGCAGGGCAUGCGGCAAACAUUGACUGCCCUCAAUCCCUCAACACUUUCAUUAAGGCAUUUGUUCUGCAUUCUGAAGGAUCAGAAUAAACAAGUCUGUUUCUACAGCAAGCUGUGGACUGUGGUGGGUGGUAUAUGAAUAUGACAGAGUGUAGUGUAGUGUAAUCAACUACUGUCAUGUUUAUAUAUAUACCCUCCUAAGCCUAAGAAGAUGUUUUUUGAGCUUUUGUAUGUAUUAACUCAGAUUCCACCAAAUAUGGGCUUUAGAAUGAAUGAAUUGCUUGCUCCCAUAGCUUAACUUGUAAGGGCUUAUAAUUAAAAGUUGGGAGUACAUGUAAUAUUUUGCUAUCAUAUCAAUUGGUAUUCUUAUAUAUUUUUAUC